UUAAUGGCUCGACAAAAAUCGACGUCGUUCAAUUUCCUAGGAGAAUGGAGGGACUGGCGUUGGCUGGUAUUUACAGAUCGAAUCGAGACCUUGGUCUUCCAGGGCGAAUCAAAUGAAAUAAGCGCUAUCGAUCUCCUUUACCGAGAGCUGAGAGGUCUUUGGAUAUUCGUCAAAGGAUGUAACCUCGAAGAAAAAUUAAUUUAAAAUUCAAGCGUCAGUCGCGUUACUCAGUCAGUUUUUUUUUUUUUUUUUUCUUUUUAACACACGACGAGGUGACAAACCGUCCGUGCGCAAACAGAGACUCGACGCGACAGUUAGCAGAUUGAUUUGCGUAGCACGUUGUUUGAGCAGAAUAUAAGCCGAGAGCCAUUGGAUCAGUCACUGGUGCAAAGUGCAAUUACAGGAAAACGAACAGUGCGUGUUUCCCUGCAAGCGUCAGAGCAAACAAUGCACAAUCUCAACCUAACGAAGAUUACAUCACUCGUGUCAAUCAGGAAUUGAUUAACGGUACUCUACUGUCUGUCGCGUUCAAUUGUACUUUUUGCAACGAAUGAGAGAAGAGGAGUCAAACGUUUGUUAACAGGUACACAGUCGCUCUGAAACAUGAGCGAAUUUCUAAGAACCGCGGCAUCGAAGCUCAGCCUCUUCGAUAGCGAGUAAACGAGCGUGAAUCGCAGAUUAAUGACUCUCGAUUAACGAUCACAGUGGUGUAAGUCAGUGAACCGCUCGUUUUUCGUAAAACGACACGUUCUACGCGUUUGAUCGUUCUUCGAACGACGAGGCCACGGUACGCGGGCAUAUGAAUUACAUUCUUCGCAGAGGAAUGGCGAUGACAAUUGAGAUUUCUCGAAAAUUACGUGACUUACACACACCGCAGUAAUUUUCAGCCGGUGAAUUGCGUUCAUCGAUCGUGGAAGGACGACAGCUGCAGGGGGGAGGAGCCGGUUGAUCGAAGUCCCUCUCGAUCGGUGCAGUGGAAACAGGCGGAUCGGCGCGCGCGAGAGAAGCAUCGGGUGACCGACAUCGAAAACGAGCAAUUCACGGAAAACGAGCGGACAUGGUCGGUGGUGGCGGUGGCUUUGGCGAAGGGUGCAGCUAGGUCGGUAGGUACAUACGCGUAGGUAGGGCAGAGAGCGGCGCAGGUAGGGCCUGGCGUGGACGGCACUGGGGCUUUUGUGGUGGUUGAUAUCGACCCGGCGUUCGUGGAGGGUCGGAGCUGUCGGGGGUUGCAUGGCGCAAGUCUGGACGAAGGAACGAGGGCGAGGAGGUGUACGGAGGUGGCGGCGGAGGCGGCAAGGAGCGGAGACGGAUGGAGAGAGUGGCGGUCCGCUUCCCUCCGAGGAGAGAAGAAAGAGCACCGGCAGUAGUAACCCGGCCAGUACCCCGCGCGCGGGUGCAGCUGCAUCCCGAAAAAAAAAAAAAAAAAAAAACGCCCGUGUGUGCGUGAGAGUGCGUGAGAGUGCAAAACGCGAGAGGCGUGCGUGUCCUGCUGGCGAGGACGACCACGUCGCCACGAGGGCCGAAACGCGUCACCAGCUGACAGCCCUCCUUGUCCUCGUUCUCAGCAUCCUCUCCGAGGAAUAGACGCGUGUACGCGACGCGAUCACCGAGGGUGAAACCCUUCCUUCGGCCGGCUAAGGGUUGGGUUCGUCUGUCCGCGAACGGAAGGAAGGUAAACGGAGGCCAGCAGACCGUACCAGACGAUAACCUUGGUUUGCAACGCAUCGGACAACGAUGUUUCCUCGAUGCUAUCGCGUUCGAAGCCACCGGAGCGAGUUUCCACGCGUGUAACGCGCGCCUCAGCCGAAAGUAUGUGAAACGAGGAGAAGCAGAGAGUGAGUGAGUGAGAGAGAGAGAGAGAGAGAGAGAGAGAGAGAGAGCGAGAGAGCGAGAGAGCGAGAUAGCAGCGCCAUGUUACGAAGACAAGAGACCUCGAACGAGGAUUCCUACCUGAGCGCGGGCAGGCCGUCGAACCUGCUGCGGACGAGCUUCAGCAGCGCCAAGCUAGAGACGCUCUAUCGUGCCUCCUCCCUUCAACAGAGGCGGGGUGGCCUCGAGUACUUCCUGUUUUCGGCGCUUCUCUACGGCGCUCAUUCGUUGAUCACGCCGGGGCAGGAGCUACCGGCUCGAGGUUUGACCGUGGUCUUCUUGGGGUUGAACCUGGGCCUGUUAGCCUGGGCGAAACACAAUUCCAGGGCGAAGGAUGCGCUGUGGUCGGUGGUACCUCACGUGGCCUGGAAGCUAUCCACCGCACAGCUACUUGCUCAGCUGUUCCUCAAGUCCACCGAGGUCACGCCUAGGGACGGACUAGGCUGGCUGUUGCUCAUGCUCUACCUGCUGUUCGCCACUCUACCCCUCAGGCUGUCCCUCUGCGUCCUCCUCGCCUUUGGUACUGCGUCGGCAUACAUCGUGUCCGUCGUUGGACUCUCCAAAGAUCCUGCACAGAUACCCAUCGACGUUUUGGUGCUGACGGUGACACUCUCCAUAGGCGCCAUGCUUCUAGGCGCCUCUAUUUAUUCUCUGACCGAGUUCCAACAGCGUAGAGCCUUUCUGGAAACGAGGCAAAGCCUGGAAGUGCAACUAGUGAUCGAGGAGCAAAGCGCGGAACAGGAAAGGCUACUGCUUAGCGUGCUUCCGGAACACGUGGCUGUAAAGAUGCGGCAGGACUUAGGCGCCUCGCUGGACACGCAGUUCAAGAAGAUUUACAUGUCCAGGCACGAGAACGUCUCGAUCCUCUACGCGGACAUUGUCGGAUUCACCGCGAUUUCCUCCACGUACAGCGCCAGCGAACUGGUGAAGAUUCUCAACGAGUUGUUCGCCAGAUUCGAUCAACUUAGCGAGCGGUACGAACAAUUGCGAAUAAAGAUCCUCGGCGACUGUUACUACUGUAUAAGUGGAGCACCGGUAGAAAGACCGGACCACGCUGUCCUCUGCGUCUAUAUGGGCUUGUCGAUGGUGGACGCCAUCAAGUACGUGCAACAAACGACCAAUAGUCCUGUCGACAUGAGGGUGGGUAUACACACCGGUGCUGUGUUGGCCGGUGUCCUCGGUCAGAGACAAUGGCAGUUCGACGUCUACAGCAAGGACGUCGAGCUGGCGAAUAAGAUGGAGAGCAGUGGAAUGGCGGGGAGGGUGCACAUCUCGAACGCGACGCUGAGCUUCCUGAACGGCGAGUUCGAGGUCGAGCCAGCGCACGGCGAGGACAGAGAAGAGGCACUCCAGAAGGCAGGCAUCGUCACAUACUUUAUAGUCCGCGCGUUGAAGCCCUUCAAGCCAGCUGUCACCAAGAGCCUCGCCUCGCUCACGGAGGACAACAGGAGAACGAUGGACGCCAGAGACGGAAGGAACAACAACAAGGAGGACUCGGAGGAGUUCAGGCAGAGGCUGAGGAAGGAACUCGACAGCAAAACUGGAGGAGCGCAUUUGAAAGGCCACGCUCACUGGUUGACGCUGCGGUUCAAGGACGCGAAGGUGGAAUCCGCGUUUCACAACGCCGAGGAAGCAUUCUCCCCGUUGUCGCUGCUCGGCGGGCCAUUGGUGAUGAUUUGCACCGCCCCGGUUUGGAGGUUUCAGCCCUGGGGACCUUUCACAUGGGGCGGUAUCGGGGUGGUUCUGCUAUUCGCCGUGGUUCUGGCUGGUGCCACGUGUUUGGCCAGUGCCGUCAAGGCUAUGUGGCUGAGAAGAGCUCUGGCCCUCCUAAUGACAUUUUCCCUCGGUGAUUUUCUCCUCCUCGACAUGUUCAACUGCGUGGUCAUCGAGGAAAACUUGCCGAUCGUAAACACCACUAUAACCGUGUCAGCGAAGUGUCCGUAUCCUUCCUACUACUCGUACUUCGGCGUGCUUACACUCGUGGCGAUCUCGAUGCCGAGCUACGUAUGCUACCUGGGCAAGGCGGUCCUGAUGUACGGCAUCGCGGGUUCUCAAUGCUUGAUCAACAUCUACUUGCUGGAUGUCAGGCUCGACUGGGAGGAUUAUGCGUCCUCUCCCUUCGAACCGUCUCCCGUUCCGUCGAAAUACUGCCUAUCCGCAACUUUACUCAUCGUAGCUACUUCCUUGGUCGUUGUAUCCAGAUACGCGGAGAAGUCGAGGAGGAUGCUGUACCUACGAGGUAGGGAGGUGGUCGCGCAGAGGGAGAGGGCGGCGGACAUGAAGCGCAGAAACGGCGCCCUCAUCUACAACAUACUUCCGCCGCACGUGGCCGCUUACUUUCUGUCGAGGGCGAGACACCACGACGACCUGUACAGCCAGAGCUACGCGGAUGUGGGCGUCCUGUUCGCCAGCAUGCCGAACUUCGCCGAUUUCUACAGCGAGGAGAGCAUCAACAAUCAGGGCCUCGAGUGUCUCAGGUUUUUGAACGAAGUCAUAUCCGAUUUCGACGCGAUCCUCGAUCAGACUAAAUUCAAGGACAUCAUCAAGAUCAAGACGAUAGGCUCGACGUACAUGGCUGCAUCCGGAAUCACCGAGUCAGCGGAAUCCGAGGACACAGCUCGAUGGGGUCACCUGUCCACCCUCGUCGAGUUCGCCCUGGAAUUAAAGAAAGCAUUGUCGAGCAUCAACGAGCAAAGUUUCAAUCACUUCGUUCUGAAAAUGGGUAUCAAUCACGGUCCUGUGACCGCUGGGGUCAUCGGCGCCCGGAAACCUCACUAUGAUAUCUGGGGAAACACCGUGAACGUAGCGUCCAGGAUGGAGAGCACUGGGAAAGUAGGCUGCAUCCAGGUCACGGACGAGACCCGGAAGAUCCUGGAACCGUUCGGCUUCGGCUUCGAACAACGCGGCCUGGUGUUCGUCAAGGGCAAAGGUCAGCUGCUCACCCACUACCUGGUGUCCAAGGAUGGCGUGUCCUUGAACCUGGACAGCGACCUGCCGGUCGAACCCACCUAUCCGAUCAUCUACCAGUAGGCUAAUACUCGAAGGCUCUAAAAACUUCAACGCAAAAAAAAACCCUUCCACGUUCACGAAGGGACCUUUCGUCGAGAGCGAGGUUUCUCUCUCUCUCUCGAUAACCCUCGAAGAUUUUAUCUCGAGACGAAACGAAGGGAAGACGCGCGAGGCCUCGACUACUCUCGACGAUCUUCGAAGAGUUCGAACGCGUGAAACAGGGCGAAUCGCGGAGAUACGACGGGGAGGUCUCGAGCAACGGACGAACGGAUCUACGAUGUUAGAAGGUGAAGAUCGGGAGAUCUUUGAGAAGAAAAAUUAAAAAAAAAAAAAGAAAGAAAACAAAGAACGAGAAAACUGGGCUGUUUAGAUUAACUCGAUACACGUAUAUCCUAUUUGGCCAGAAUUUUUGUCACUCGUUCAUUUCUUGGGAGGAAGUUCCACGCGAACGAUGAUUCACAUGACAAAACGUCGUGGUUUUCGUUUGGUUGGAGAUUGCGGGAAAAUUUGAUUUGCCAGAGGCUUAGCCAGCCACUAGAGAAGAAAGGCUCAGCCACUAGAGAAAAAUUCUUACCGCUGUACCGUAACGACCGUAGUUUACCGAUUAUCGUGAUACACUGAAGAUGAAGAGAACAGGGUACAAUGUAAAAAAGUUUAGGGCGACGCUCGAGGGACGAGCGAGACUAACUGAUAAUUACAAAGAAAGUGACACACUAUACGUCGUGGAAUUGUCUUAGUUUAGUACUAGGCCUUCAAACGAAUCCUAUUUUCCGUAGAACCGAGAACGUAAGAGAACGUUGUUGGUAGCAGGCUGGUUUCGAUUCGAGGAACGAAGAUAUGAAAUUUCGGUACGAAGUACAAAACGUAGAAAGGAUCUCGAAGAGUCGAAACGCGGGAGAAGGAUGGGAUUCUCAUCGUAGGGAUUCCCCGUCGAAUCGUGGAUAUCUAGAAUAAGUGUAGAUUUGCCGGAACGCGUCAACAGCCAAGAAGCCAGUCGAUCAACCCUCGUCACUCUAGAAUCGAUACGUAAACUUAAGAAAGUGUCUAGCUCGUAAUCGUUGUGGUAGAUUCACGGUUCUCGCGAUCGAGUCAACUCUAUUUUUCUAGAUCCCGCGGCGAGCACGUUCCCAGGGCGCGAUUAAUUAAAAGGGGAAAUGGAUUAAUUAAACGCGCCGAGAGCGUGGACGUGGUCAACUACAUAGUGGUAGGUCUUUUUCCUAACGUGGCUCUCGGAGAAUCGCAGUGUCCUCCGACGCACAUUCUCUCGGUCGUCGAAAAAAAAAAAGAAGAAACUACGUCAACUGCGUGCUCUCUUUAUGACUCUUUUUUGAAUUCGAAUCAUCGCGGCACGACAUGAAUGAAAUUUCCGCGACGUGACGCGGGGUCUGGUAUUUGACGAAGAAGAUCGUAGACUUGGAAUUUUCUCCAAGAUGGUCGAACGGUGAUUAGCCCCGUGAACGCAGGAGAAUUCCUUCGGUCCUUUUUCUCGAGGAAUUUAGAAUCUAAUCGUAAUAAUUCGACGGUGGUUAGACAUUGACCGAUCGAAUGGAAAUUUCGGCGAUUGUCCCGACAAUCGAACCCUGUCGGAUAUUAUUAUCGGUCAGGUUAUACCUACGCGUUGUAAUUAAACAGAGUUAAUAAAAUCGAAUCGCAGGUGCAAUUUCAGUUGUACAAAGUAAAUUGCAAAUCGAUGUGUAGAUAGUACGGAUGCUCGAUGGAGAGGAGAGGUUGUACAUUUCACGUAAAAACUGAAACCUGAAAGUAAAGGAAUUGUUUAUGUAUUGUAAAAAAAAAAAAAAAAAAAAAAAAAAAAAAAAAAAAAAAGAAUCUUGUAGAGAAAGCUCUAACAAAAUACUUCGUCGGUUAUAUCGGAGCUUUGUUCUCAUAGAAUUAAAGAAAAAAAAAAAAGAAAAAGAAAAAAAAGAAACUGGGGGUUAUAAAAAAAGAGAAACGUUGAAUGAAGAUGAAGUCAGGGAAAGGAAAUAUGAUCGAAAAUAUGACGCGAGGAGGAAAUAUUCCGUGGCGUGGUUGAUACUAAAGAAAUCUCAGUGAAUGAACACGCAAGGAAAUGCUGAAGUACUCGGAGAAGAAGAGAAACGAGGAAGUUUCGAACGCUGUCGUUAAAUUAAAUUACCAUCGAAUACGAAGGAACGCUCGCGCGUGUUUGAAACAGUUUGUUAACGAGACGAAUAGAAAAGGAAAAAGAAAAGAAGAAAAAGAAAAAAGAAAUGAAGAAAAAGUAAGAACAGGCUAGAAAAACUUAACUGUCUAUUAACGAUCACGUGCAGAAUGUUCUCAUCAUGUUUGAACUAUGACUAUAUCUAUUUAGCGAGAGUCCAUUAGGACGAAAACAGUCUCUCUAUAGUUUCGAGUUUAACUCUAUUUUUCUGCGAGCAGAGUCGUCGAUUUGUACGAAGGAAGAAACUGAUCCGAAGAUGACGAUCGAGGCUCCUCGCAGGAGCCUUUAGGUCAGAUUCGAACGUUACGAGGCAUUUCAUCGCAAGUCCCCGGCAUUACUCGCCAUUAAACGACUUCUGAGAUCAAAAUAAGGCAAUCUGAAACAGUCAGUUUGGUUUCUUCUCUUCAAUUGGAAGGAGAUUGUCCGAUUGUUUCUUUCCUUUUCGUAACGGUUCGUUCGUGUUCGUCUUAUUUUGCGCUCAAGAUUCGUUUAGUAACAACCGUUACGGGCUUCGUGAAACAAUUUUGGUAUCGUGUCGUCCACAGUAGGAUGAUACCACAGGAGUGUAGGCUAACGUACUCGAACACGAUAUCAUCACCGAUAUAAUAAUUUAUUUUUCUACAGUUUCAGUCGCCGAGUUAAUAGACCAAGAUGACUCGAAUACGUACAACGCACACGCGAUUAACGACGGGCAGGGGGGCGCAGAUUGUUCAGGAUUUAAUCCUUUCGUCGGCAAUUAUUUAAGACCUGAUGAUCAUUCAAGCUUCAAAUAGUUCCAAAAAGAAAGAAUGAAGACACGAUGAGCCGUAAGCGUAGAGACCCGAGAAACACACAUUCGUACAUUCGUAUAUAUACUGUGAUUUUUAAUAAACGUUUCACCGAAUCGAAAUUUCCAAUCCGAGAUAUUUUCAUUGCUUUUUUAUAACAGUCUUUUUCUAACGAUACUUUUAGCAGGGUUAAAAUAGUACGAAAGGAUUAAAGGAGAAACGAGCAGAGAGAGAGAGAGAGAGAGAGAGAGGAGCGAAGAGUAAUUAUUAGCAAAACAGAAAAGAAAAAAAUGAAACGAGAAUGCACGGCCUAAGCGCGACAACAGUGAUAGAAGAGAGAAGAAUCUAGUAAAUCGAAGAAAGAAACCCUUCCCAGGAAAAUUCCGAUCUUUUUUUAACAAAAAAAACGAAAAAAAAACGAAAAAAGAAAAGAAAACUCCGUCGUUUGCAUUUUCAAGUCACGGGACGACUCACUUUUUAGAAUUUACCAUCGCCGUCGGGUUGCUUUUUGCGUUUCAUUUUCGUUAGACGCAACGGCGAGAGAAGUAUUUUACUCGGAUGAAAGAGAAAGAAAAGUAUGAGAGAGCGUGAAGAAAUUUAGAAUCUUUUCUCGCAAUGAUGAAACGGUUCGUUCUCUUUCGGCGGAGUUUCAGAAUCGCACGCAGCGAGAGAGGAAGCGAGGAGAAAGGAAACGAAUCGGAUCGAUUACGGGACGCUGAAUCACAAACGUUGUUCCAGCGUUCGCGUAUUUCCGGUUGAUACAUUGCGUUUGGCACGGUUCACGUGCUGACAGACAGACACACACACACACACACACACACACACACACAAAAUGGAGGAGCAGGAAACGGAAGCAAGUGCGAGAAGAUGUUGGCGCGUCCGACCAGACGGAAAUUUUGUAGCAAUAAAGGAUACUUCGUGUACAUAUGCAAAAAGGAGGAAGAAAGCGAAGAGAGACGGGUCGACAAUGAGACGUGGCGAUAGCGGAAACGAUUGUAUCGUCGAUUAUUUUCGUGGUCGGUAAACGAGGAAGCAAAGUGAGAGAAAGAAAUUAUUGAACGACCCGGCCGAAUGCGUGUAUAGUCGUGUAAGAAUUAUAUCACUGUAGAUAUCUUAGCACCUUAGAUGUGAGAUUUCGAAGAGGGAACACUUGUUGUAAAACUUUCAAAGUAUACUUCUUCAGACUGGGGGAUACGCCGGGGACUCGUGGGAGUCGAGGAUGGAAUCACGCGACUGUAAAAUAAUAAAUGGCUCCUUCGCCGAUGAAAA